AUAUUCCCGCGCUUUCAUUUAUGCGUCUCCGCUCUUUCGCUCUUUUUUCUUCUUUCUUCACUCAAAUCUCUCCCUCUAAUCCUCCCAACACCCUCUUGCAUUCUCCAUUUUCGUUUCUUCAUAUUUUUAUUCCAAUGGGGAGGCCAAACAGAUCCAAGAAAUCAGAUAAUAAUUAUGCCAAGGGAAAGGUUACUCCGAUUCAAGUCGCUUUCAUCGUUGACCGCUAUCUCUCCGACAACAACUUCUCCGAAACUCGCUCUAUCUUCCGAAAUGAAGCCUCCGCUCUCAUCUCUAAAUCUCCAGUCCGAGAGGCUCCGAAGAAUUUGUUGAGUUUAACGGCGAUGUUAAACGAGUAUAUAAGUUUGAAGGAGGAGAAGGUGAUGUUGGACCAAGAGAGGGCUCGUUUGGACCAAGAAAAAUUGAGGGUACAGACGUUAUUAAAUGGUAUGCAAAACGUUAUGAACACUUACAAUGCAAGUUCGCCAAUCAUACAGCCGACAAAAUCUACAGUCAUGGUUCAUCAGUCUGUUCUUUCUAGCGGAUCUCCUUCAGGUUGUCUUGUGCAAACGCCACCAAUUGUUGUGCCAAUGUCCAUCCCUCCCAACACUAAUAUCUCACCUGUGGCUACAAGUUUCCCAUUAACAAGAAAGAGAGCAGGCUCAAAAUUUGUAGCAGAACCCCCUCCUCCUGCAAAGAAGUCUUGCAAUAAGUUGCCAACUAAGAAAUUGCCAGAUAAAGAUGUGAACACAUCCACACAAUCACAGAAUAAAGUCACUAGUCGAGAUUCUGCUCAGCAUUCUGCAGCUGAAUUAUCACUACACAACCGUGUGCCCAGUGGAUCCAGUGUUGCUAAGAGCUUGUUUAGCCAGCCUUCACUGCCUACUCCAACAAAUUCAUCUGGUCCCAAGACCCCACCACAACCAGUCUCCUCUCAAGUUGAUAAAUCUCCGCCGGGGAAUUCAAUCACCGCUAAUGGAAGUACUAAAAGUACUCCUCAAGAGAUUACUCCUACUAACUGCACUGUGAUUUCAACUGAGAGAGUCACUGUAAGCCCAUAUAAACAAAUGGCAUUCUACACUGUGGAGAGAAACCAUUGCAUUUCUUCUUCCUCACCAGUCAAAACAAGCUUGAAGAGGCUGAAUAAGAGGGAUCAUGUUAAAGGAAGGCUAGAUUUUGAUGGUUCAGAUGUUGCCAUGAACAUGGAUAAACCAAUUUCUAAUGAAAUUUCAACAUCUGAGUCUGAAAAGGAAGCAGAUAUUUUUGACAUGGAUUUGCCUAGUUUAGAUGCCUUUGGACCAAAUUUUUCUUUCUCUGAGCUGCUAGUUGAUUUUGAUCUUGACUGUGAAGGAAUUAAUUACCCUUGCCAGCCAACUUCGGAUGCUUGUACUUCAUUGGACAAUAUUUCAGGGUCAUCUCAUGAAUCUGGAGAUGCUAAUCGUGGGGCUGAUCAGGUUGUGUCAGAAUAUUCAUCCACGGUGACAAAAGUGCUUUCAGGAAACAACAUGAAUGUUGAAGGCUCAGAUACCCUAACCGCAGUAAAGUCAAUAACAAAAUGCAUAAGAAUUUUAAGUCCUGCAAAGGGUUGCAGGAGUAAUUCAUUUUGAAGAUCAAGAUGACUCAAGGCUGACAUGGUACCAGUACAGUACUUACAGCAAAGAUGCUUGACUGUUUGUUAUCUUAAGUAUGCAACUACUCGCAAUUUCUUUAGUUGCAUAUUACUUAACUUCUCUUCAGUAUUCCCACAGAAUUUUAGUUGAAAUGUUGGGCAAAGCAAAGUACCCUGUCGGCUUACUAAUCAUUUACUAAUCUUUGUUUACUUAUGUUUUGCCUAUAUUGACUUUGAGAUGUUGUACAUUUCUGAUGAAAGUUACUGAUAACAUUUGAUAAAGAAGUGAAAAUUUCUUGAACUGAAUCUCUCUUGA